AUGGAUUACAUAGAGGGCUUCUUCUCUCCCACCCUCGACUGCUGGAAGAAAUUGAGGGCUCGGACCCGACCGUACGCGCUCCCCGGAUGCGCCCCCGAGAGCGCCAUCGGGAUCGUCAACCUCGCUCGGCUAACCGGGAAGGAGUCGCUCGUGCCCCUCGCCUUGCUGUGUUGCUGUCAGCUGGGCGGGAGGAUUUUGAAGGGCCUCGCCCGUCCAGACGGGACGUAUGAGAAGCUAUCUACGGAAGACUUCGAGCGCUGCUUGGGCGCCAUGGACGGGUUGACCUCCCACGGGAUUCGGCGGAUGCACGCCCUGAUCGGCACUCGACCUCAAGACCCAUGCCUCAAUUCACGGACGGACAACGACGGUCUGAAAUGCUUGGGGGGGAUCUAUGGCUUGCUCGAAUACUUCCAGCUCGCUUCCGGUCGUGGCAUGCCUAUUCUACCCACCCCGUUCGUUCUGCCCGAGAUGGCAGCAGCAGAAACGAAGCGAGUGGACUGGGAAUUCCUUAGUGCGUGGGGCUUCAAAAUUUGUCUGUACGACACCGACCCGUUCCUGAUACGAUAA